UUUCUCUUGCAUCCAUCUCUCCUCUCCCACUCCCAUUCCCACGAGCUCAAACAGCAGCAUGUCGUUGGCGACGGACUGCGGCCAGCACGGAGGGUGCAAGCGACGUCGCAAGGUCUACCUCAUCUCGGCCGGGAUCCUGGCCUUCAUCAUACUGAACCUCCUCAUCAUCCUCAUCAUCUGGCUCGCCCUCCGCCCCACCAAGCCCAAGUUCUACCUCCAGGACGCCUCCGUCUACGCCUUCAACGUCUCCUCCCCGGACAACCUCCUCUCCACCACCAUCCGAGUAACCAUCUCCACCCGCAACCCCAACGCCCGCGUCGGCAUCUACUACGACCGCGUCGACGUCUUCACCUCCUAUAAGUACCAGCAGAUCACCCCCGCCACCGCCAUCCCUCCCUUUUACCAGGGCCAGAACGACGUCGACCUCUGGUCACCGUUCCUCUACGCCGUCUGCGUCCCGGUGGCGCCCCACCUCGCCGAGGCUAUCGCCCAGGACCAGUCGUCCGGCUUCCUCCUAGUCCACGUCAAGAUCGAGGGCCGGAUCCGGUGGAAGAUGGGUUUCUGGGUCUCCGGUCACCACGACCUCUUCGUCACGUGCCCGGCCUUUCUUUCUCGCGAGUCCGGGAAGGGCAUCAAGUUCCAGCAGAUCUCCACGUGCAGCGUCGACGUCUGAUAAUAUAUAUUUACAUGUAUCUCCUUUUCUGAAAUCGGAACUUUGUAAAAGUAGCUCAUUAUGGUCAUCAAGGUCCCGGGGAAUUUCUCCCA